CUUUGCAUACUUACCAGAUCAUUCAAACUGCCUGACAAUCAUAGGGAUCCUCUUUCAGCCCCCAUGGCCACUACUCUCACAGACUCACAGAAGCCUUUCUCUCUGGACCCCUACCAUGUCUCUGAUGUGUUUGGCUUCAUUCUCCCUGCACCCCUGACAGAGUUGCCGCCAUACUACCAGCCCUGGAUGGACAUUGCCCAGCAUGUUACAGAGCUCAUCUACUCUCACACGCUGCGCUCCCACAUUCUCAAGAUGCCCUUGCUGAACACCCGAUUCCUGGAGAGCCACAGAGAGCUGCGUCUGGCCCAUUUGGCCCUGAGUGUGAUGACCAUGGGCUACGUGUGGCAGGAGGGGGAGAAUGACACAGUCAAGUUCUGCCCGCUCUGACUCUGGUCCCUGUCUCCAGUCCGACUUCUCAUCUGUCCUGCUACUCGGUCGUCGAUUCCCCACUCUACGCUCCUUUGGAUUCCCCUCCGGACCUGCUUACCCUGUUCCCACACCUCUGCCUCAGCCUUCGCACCUGGUUUCCAGCAACCCGCCCAAGCUUCCCCUGGGCUGCAUUCAAUCUUCCCCCCUUGUUUCAAUAAAUACCUUGGUUAACUUAUCCCAGUCUCCCCAUCUGAGUCUGCUCUUGGGUUCACCUGUUCCGCUCCACGUGACAAUGUGUAUGAAAGUGUUUGGUGAAAUAUGCAUACUCCCCCGCAACCUGGCCGUUCCAUACUGGAAGGUGUCUCAGCGUCUAGGCCUUCCUCCCAUCCUUACCCAUGCAGACGCAGUACUGGCUAACUGGAAGAAGAGGGAUCCACAUGGACCAUUUGACAUGGAGAACUUGGAGCUGCUUGUCACUCUGCCUGGUGGGGACAGUGUGAGGGGGUUCUUCAUGGUCACUCUACUAGUGGAGCUGGCUGCAGUGCCAGCCAUCAAGAGUAUUCCCCUGGUUAUUAAUGGGGUCCAGUGUGGUGAUGCUGAGACUGUUACAAGGGCACUAGAGGAAAUCAGCCAGGCGAUGGAGGGCAUGACAGAUGCACUCAAACUGAUGCAUGCAUAUGUCAAGCCAGAUGUCUUCUAUGGCAUUAUAAGGAUCUAUCUGUCUGGGUGGAAAGAUAACUCAUCCAUGCCAGCUGGUUUGGUGUAUGAAGGCAUCCAGGCAGAGCCUAUGGAGUAUUCUGGUGGGAGUGCUGCCCAGAGCAGUCUGCUGCACUGCUUUGAUGAGCUGCUAGGAGUCAAACAUGAGGAAAAUUGUGGAGCCUUUCUGACCCGUAUGAGAAACUACAUGCCCUCUUCCCACAAGCAUCUGAUCCAGGACAUAUCUCUGCAGCCCUCCCUGCGAGGCUUUGUCCAGCAGGAGGCCAGUGAGCUUCUGACCGCAGCUUUUCAGCUAUGUGUGACCAAGCUAAUGGCCCUCCGCAGCUAUCACAUCAACGUGGUCAGCUGCUUUAUCACCAUUCCCGCUGCCCGUGCCCGCCAGCUGCGAAGACAGGGCAACAGUUCUCAGGAGGAGACUGUCAGCAGGGCGCCCACGGCUCUGGAGGAGACGGGUACUGGCGGCUCGGGCAUCAUGAGCUUCCUAAAGACUGUGAGGGACCGCACACGGGACGUCUCCCUGCCGCUGGACAACAGGGCCAUGCAGAAGAGCACAAAUGGAGCACAACCUCAAAACACACAAUACACAACUCAUCAAACACAUCUGCAAUCUAACACAUUUUAGAGACACUUUUAUACCUACAGUGUGUUUAAUAAAUUAAUGAAAUGACUUGUCAUUAUGAGAGGUUUGUGCAUGACAAGGUUUGAUGUCUGACUAAAUGAGUCCUGGUGUUAUUGACAUGCUCUGUAUAAAUGAUGCUACUCUUUCAGUUCAAACCUUAAUUUAAACCAUCAGUGUUCGUUUCCGUUAAAUGCAACCACUAAUCUCUUUAUUCAAUCUAAAAUGGAAUGUAAAAUAUAUAUUGGAUGACUAGUCCAGACUGACUGUGAUCAUACCACAACCCCAAAUCCUGUAUGGAAUUUGGUCAUAGUCAGAAAACUCGCACUGAUCCCCAGGGCAGGCUGAGGAAAGUUUUGAAAGUUAGCUUAUCCUGACCUGACAGUUAAUACAUACAACCAGGGUGAUACUUAACUGUAAUCUGAGUACUGAUUUCAUAUGUCAUCACGGACAGUAUAGUCAGGGUUUUUCUGUAUUUUAUGCAACCUAUCCUACAUGUCCUGUUUGGGAGUUUUUGCUAAAGAAGUAAUUGAAGGUCCCUGCAGUUCAUCAUCAUGAUG